UCAAAAAACGUAUUCAGCACCGAGCUACGUCGACUUCCAAGAUAGCUUAAGGCUAGCUAGGAGUUAGCCACGGAUGCCGUUUCCAUGGUGAUGGAACGUUGCCGUCAACGAGAAUUCCACGGCUAAUGUUAGCUUCCCAGGGAAGGUUAGCUUAAAUUUAAAGUAACAGAGAUGUCAACACGGACACAGACAGGAACAACAACAGAGAGCCAUGACGUCACACCCCGGAUGAGCCUGAACAGCCUGACACUGGAUGAACUGAGUGAGGAGCUGGACAGGCGCACCAAGGAAACACAGAGGCUUCAGGAAGAGGUGGAAAAUGCAACCAAAGUAACCUUGGAGAGGUUUGGCUGCACAUACGGCAUCAACAGCUCACCUGGACAAAGCUGCCAUGACCAUAGUAAUUAUUAUUAUUCACCUGGGGGUUCCACGAUACCUUCAACCCACCAGCAGCCAGAGACUCAGCCCCUGGUUUGUGCUCUGGAUAGUUCAAACCAAGAAGAUAUCAGCUCUCCUGGAAAGGAGGUGUUGGGAAAUGCAAUAGAUGACUGUAUUCAACAGCUGUCUGACUUGCAGCUCUACAAGACACAUGAUCAACCUGAACAAGAGACAUUCAGUUUUAACAAAGCCAUCGUGAACCUGCAGGCUAAGUUGCAUAAAGUCCGGAAGGAGAAGGCCGUCCUGUCCAACCUCAGAUUAAAGGAUUCAAGGACACACGUUGGUCAGAUGGAAAAGAUGCUGUUCAUGUUGGAGGAGCUCCAAAACAUCAAAAGGGCCGGUGACCAGAAGCUGCAGGAGACGCAAGAUGAGGCGUUGGCAUUUCACAGGAAAGUAGAGACAUUGGAACGAAAUGUAAAAGAGAUGUACUCACUGUUAUCUCGCGAGACACAAUGUGGAGACGACGCCAUCGCCAGUCCUAACGUAGCCACUACUUCAAGACAGCUGUCACCGGCUGCUAAUUUACCUGAGGAUUUUAACAAUGAGUCAGAGAGGCUACAGGAGAGACUUUUUUCUCAGUCAAUAAUACAUCUGGGGAGUGAGGAAAGCAGUGGAGUAAAUAAUCAAAAUGAAAGAAUGGAAGACCUGAUUGAAAGUCUUGGCCAGGAGAUGGCGCUGUUGACUGACAAACUGAGCUCAUCGAAAAACAACAGCUUCAGCCUAGGUGUGAAGUUGGAGCUGCUAAAGAAACUUGCAGAGAGACAGACAUUACUACACCGGUGUCAGGUCAGUGAACUGAAGUCAACUCUCUGCAGCCAUACAGAUAAGGUUUGUUGUCUGGAGCAGCAGCUCAUUCAGGCUCAGUCCCAGCUGGUGGACGCCCAAAGAGAGAGAGAGCGAUCUGUACAACAGGCAGACGAGCUUCAGUCCCAGCUUGGCCUUUUCAAGGGCCUGCUGGAUCAGAGGGCCCAGGAGGGGGGGACAACCCAGGAACUUCUGGAAGAGAAACAGAAGGAACUCCAGCUCAGGCAGCUUGAAGCCCAGCAUCACCUUGCCAGGUUGGAAGAGGCCCAGAGCCAUUGCCAGACCCUGCAUGCAGAAGGAGAGACACUGAGGCUGAAGCUGGAUGACCGAGAGAAGAUGAUAGAGAUGCACAACAGCAUCAUCAACGACCUUCACCAGGAGAACAGCCUUCUCAGCAACCAGCUAAACCAACACAAGCUGGUGAUUCAGCAGCUCAGGGCUGAGUUAGACCGGCACAAGUCAGACCUGGGUGCUGCAGAGCAGGAGAGGAGGCAGCUACAGGCCUCUGUGGCUGAACAGAGUCAGCGUGUCCAGGAGGAAACUCUGGAGAAACAGCAGCUCACCAUCCAGCUGGACAUCCAUCGCUUGCAAUUACUCACCCUUAAUAAGGAGCACGAGGAGCUGCAGCAGCUCCACAGCUGCGAGAACGAGGAGCACAAGGGUGCGGUGCUGAAGCUUCAGAGUCAGCUCAGGAACACCCAUGACGAGCUGGACCAGGUCAGGUGCACCCUGAGGACCCUGGAAGGAGCUGAUGGACACGGCCUCCAAGUCGCCAUGGACAUGCAGACGGAGAUCACUGCCAGGAGAGAGCAGGUCGACUCCCUGCAGGUCAAGAUCCAACAUUUAGAGGACAUUAAGGACAAGCUGUGCCAGAAGAAACACUACCAGAGCAUGGAGAACCGGCGUCAGCUGCAGGAGCUUACCUUCGUCAGGGAGGAGAAGCGACAACUUGGCAACGAGCUGGAGGCGCUUGGCUCCAGAGAUAAACAGCUGAGGGAGCGGAUCGGCCAGCUGGAGGCAAUCCUUCACAAGAUGUCAGAGAGCUUUGCAGACUGUCAAGAUUUCAUCCAGCUGAAGGAGCAGGACUUUUUCCGUCUGAAGCUCCGACAUGCUCUGGACUUAAAGGAGCUCCAAGGUCAAAAUUUGCACACAGCUCUGAAUGUUCCUCCAUCUGACCUGGACUCCCCGUCCCCAUCUGCACUCACUGCCCCACCCUCCUCCCAGCACGUCUCCAACGCCCGGAUCACGCAGGAGUGCCACGCCCGUGAGCUCAGGUCUCUGGUCCAAGAACUGCGAGGAGUGAUUUCGGAGAACCGUAGACCACACACAGAUAUCAGGAGGAGGUCUGCACCGGAGGGAGUGCACAGAACCACAUUAAGUACUGACAAAGCAGAAGAAGUAAAAGCUGGUUCCAGAUUGAGAAGAAAAACCUGCGGCAGCGAGCCACAUUUCCUGAAGACAGCUGAGCUCAACGGAAAAAGAACCAACAACAAGUCCUUCUGUGAGAGCCGUGUUUUAUCAAGUCCAGCGACUGCAGUGAGGUUCACUUCCUCCCCACAGCUGCUCUCACUGGGUCGUAGGUCCCCGGUCUACUCCCUCCUGACCUCCGACCCAAAUAGCUGACUAACACGACACUAACUCCCCAGACCAACCCUUCUAAUCAAAAGCUCCUUUUUUACUUUUGAAGUCUCCCCAGAAGAAGUUGUCAAAGAAUGAAAUCACCAAUCAUGUGUAGC